UGGUUGAAGUGUUACAGUGUGCAGUUUACAGAAUCUUUGUACCGUGAAUGAGAUGACAUCCUUUUGAUCACGGAAUUCUUCUUUGGGGUGGUUUCGGCUGGAAUCAAAGAUCAAGCAUCAAAUGACAAAGUAUGUUCGCGAAUCUGUUGUUAGGCGUAUUAGCUUGUGUACUGGCCUGGCUUUUCUUCCGAUGGAGGAAAGUAAAGCUGUACUGGGCUAUCAGGGACGUCGCUCAUCAGCCACCUCAUUUCAUUUGGGGAAGUCUCACGUUUCUGCAACAAAAAAAUGUGGGAUUGUGGAUGAAAGAGAUGUACUCCCGCUUGGAAUAUCCCUACGUGGGUAUCUGGUUGUUCUGGCGGCCGGCGCUCAUCGUCAACUGUCCGGAGAUCGGGAAGAGGAUCCUGAGCAAGGACUCCGAGGUCUUCAGGGACAGGUUCCUGAGGUCUGGCAAAACAGACCCCAUUGGUCACAAUCUUUUCACGGUUAAAGACCCGUUCUGGAGCACAUUGCGAAAUCAGCUAAACCCAGCUUUUACCCAGGCUCACCUCAGGUCCCUGCAUAGCCUACUGUUCCGGAAAAGUAAACAGUUGGUUCAACGCAUCAAUGAAGAUAACACCGCUAAAAAGAUAAUCAAUUUAAGAAUGGUGUAUGCAGAUUUUGUGACUGACGUCAUUGGAACCGCAGCAUUUGGUGUCAGCAGUGACGCGACGCUCACUGGAGACAGUCCUAUGAGGACGGUCACCAAGGAUCUGAUGAACCUUGGCCCUUGGAGAGGAAUGGCUUGGUCUUCAAUAUUCUUCUUUCCAGAGUUGACCGAUUUUUUUGGGUUCACCAUGUUUCCAAAGAGGUCAACAGACCACUUCACGAAAAUUUUCCAAUCUGUCGCGAAAAAACGAAGCGUUGAAGGAAGCGACAAGAAAGACCUGAUGGAUGCUCUGCUGAAGAUACAACAAGAUGCUAAGAAAACUGGUGGAGAAAUUAACGACGAAGUCCUCAUCGCUCAAGCGGCCAUAUUUCUACAGGCUGGCUUCAACACCACUGCCACCGUCCUGACCUUUGCCACUUAUGAACUGGCGUAUCAUCUAGAAGCUCAGGAGAAGCUGUACAAGGAGAUUGUAGAACUGAAACAAAGUCUCGGCGAGAAAGAUAUACAUUGUGAUGAUCUCGUUAACUUGACCUAUAUGACCUGUGUUAUAAACGAGACGCUAAGAAAAUACCCGCCAAUGGGUUUCUUAGACCGGGUCGCCGCUACUGACUAUAAAAUCGACAAGAACCUCACGAUUCCCGCGGGAAUUCCGAUCUAUAUUAAUGCCAUUGGUAUUCACUACGACCCCAAGUAUUUCCCAGAGCCAGAGAAGUUCAAACCUGAAAGAUUUCUGCCCGGGAAUGUGAGAAAUAUACAACCUAAUACGUUUUUGCCUUUUGGAGACGGACCUCGACGUUGUAUAGGUCAAAAUUUCGGUGAUAUCAACAUCAGAUACGCAUUAGCUUUGAUUCUCCUCAAUUACCUGUUGCGCCCUCUGCCGGGGACCCCAAAACCGAACGACUGUGAAAUCGAGAAGAACGCCAUCUUUUUUAUGCCAUCCGGCAUGAUGCCCGUGGAAUUUGUGCAAAGGAAUAAGGAAUUGGUAUUUUAGGAUAAUUUUACAUGUUAUUUUGUUGAUAGGUAUUAAAUAAAAUUUU